UGUGCGUGUUGUUACUGAGCAGUGAUGAUGAUGAUGAUGAUAAUGAUAAUGUAGUGAGAAGGCAGCGCUGUCAUAUCAGCAGCAUAUGGAGUAUCAUCUCUAGAAAGUAUUUCAAACAAAAAUGUGUUGUUCAGACUCUAAUAAGCCAAGUGUAGUCUUCAACCCAUGAUCCUGAGGAAAGGAGGAAACCAGCUUCCGAAUUAAGGGAUGGAAGUGCACCGGUCAGGCCUCGGCAGGAAGAGGAAGAGAGAGGAGUCAAAUGGCGAGAUGAGGGAGGCCGAGGGUUUCCGGAAAAUUCAACGGAGAACUUUGGGGUUGAGUGAACCUGCGCCCUUCUCUGAUGAACUGGUGGCCUCAAAAACACCAUACAUUCGCGUUAGCAUGGAAGAAGCCCGUCUUGGCACUCCAGAGGACCGUCCGGUACGCGUCUAUGCUGACGGGAUCUUUGACAUGUUCCAUUCCGGACACGCUCGUGCUUUAAUGCAGGCCAAGUGCCUUUUCCCAAACACACAUCUCAUUGUGGGCGUGUGCAGCGAUGAUUUGACGCAUAAAUUCAAGGGUUUCACUGUCAUGAACGAGGAUGAGCGUUACGACGCUGUGAGUCACUGUCGGUAUGUCGAUGAGGUGAUCCGCAACGCCCCAUGGACACUGACACCUGGAUUUCUGGCCGAGCACAGAAUAGACUUUGUUGCCCAUGACGACAUUCCAUACAUCUCAGCAGGAAGUGAUGAUGUUUACAAACAUAUAAAGGAUGCAGGUAUGUUCGCACCGACUCAGAGAACAGAAGGCAUCUCCACAUCCGACGUAAUCACACGAAUCGUACGUGAUUAUGACGUUUAUGUGCGCCGCAACCUACAGAGAGGCUACACUGCGAAAGAGCUGAACGUCAGCUUCAUCAAUGAGAAGAAGUACCACCUUCAGGAGCGCGUGGAUAAGGUGAAGCAGAAGGUCCGAGAUGUGGAGGAAAAGAGUAAAGAGUUUGUGCAGAAGGUGGAGGAGAAGGGUAUCGACCUCAUUCAGAAAUGGGAGGAGAAGUCACGCGAGUUCAUCGGGAACUUCCUGCAGAUGUUCGGGCCUGAUGGGGCGCUGAAGCACAUGUUGAAGGAGGGAAAAGGACGAAUGUUACAGGCCAUCAGUCCCAGACAAAGCCCCAACAGCAGUCCCGUACGCGAGGAGCGCUCUCCGUCCCCCACCUUCCGUCUUCCCUUCUUCACCACUCCGCCAUUCUUCUCUCCUCCUCCUCCUCAUCAUCACAGCGACGAUGAGGACGACUAG